GCUCUGCUUGCCCUACUGGGAGCGCUGCUCCUCUCCGGGGCCACGGCGGCCGACAGAGAACCCGGCAUCCACGACUUUUGCCGAGUUUCAAAGGUGGUGGGGAGAUGCCAGGCCUCCAUCCUUAGGUGGUGGUAUAAUGUUACUGAUGGAUCCUGCCAGCAGUUUGUGUAUGGAGGCUGUGAAGGAAAUGACAAUAAUUACCAGAGCAAGGAGGAGUGUCUUGAGAAAUGUUCUGGUGUCACAGAGAAUUCCAUUGAUGAUCUGGCCACCAGCAGGAACGGAGCAGAUACCUCUGCACCAAGUGUUCCCAGAAGGAAGGACUCUGAUGACGUCUCCAGUGAUAUUUUCAACUAUGAAGAAUAUUGCAUUGCCAAGGCAGUCACCGGGCCUUGCCGUGCAGCCUUCCCACGCUGGUACUUUGAUGCCGAGAAGAACUCCUGUGACUAUUUCAUCUAUGGAGGGUGCCGGGGCAAUAAAAACAGCUACCUCUCCAAGGAGGCAUGCAUGCAGCGCUGCUUUGGCAAGCAGAUGUAUCCAGUCUUGCCCCCUGGCACUAAAGUGGUGGUCCUGGCAGGGCUGUUCGUGAUGGUCCUGAUCCUCUUCCUGGGAGCCUCUGUGGUCUGCCUGAUCCGGGUGGCACGAAGGAACCAGGAGCGGGCCCUUCGCACUGUUCUGAGCUCUGCAGAUGACAAGGAGCAGCUGGUGAAGAACACAUACGUCCUGUAAAUGCCCUGUCACCAGGAGAACUGGGAAAGGGAGGGGAGAACGUGUGUGUGCUUUUUUAAAAGAAUGAUUGAUUUGUAUUUUAUCAUUAGGGCUUUGGUCUGUUUUGUUAACUCCAGAAGGUAAGAAGGCUGCUUUCUGGUCUCACCAGGGUGGGUUUGCUUUGGGAAUUCUCUUGGGGAAGGGCUGUGUUUGACAUCGCUAAUGGUCUGGUAGCAGCCCAGAGUUGUUUCCUUGUUGAUUUACUUUUUUCCUCUUGGUAUAGUUUUCUUUGCUUAUGUUGAAUCCCAUUGCCUCC